AUGAAGUUUCCGACAAAAGAAGAGACUCAGCAAGCGAUCAAUAGUUAUAUCUCAAGCUUGGCCACGCCCCUCCGGGAGUUGAACCAGAAAAUCCACGAGGCUCCAGAGUUGGCAUAUGAAGAACACAGGGCUCAUGAUGUAAUUUGUGAUUUUCUCGUGUCGCAGGGAAUACCGACAACUCGCCACGCCUAUGGUCUCUCUACUGCAUUUGAAGCCCUCGUUGGUAAAUCCCCUGGGCGCUAUAUUAAUUUCAACGCCGAAUAUGACGCCUUACCGGACAUCGGACACGCAUGUGGGCAUAAUCUGAUUGCCACAGCCAGUGUCGCAGGGUUUGUGGCAUUGGCGUUCGUGAUACAGAAAUUCGGGCUCCCGGGCCAAGCCCAAUUGUUGGGGACUCCAGCAGAGGAAGAUGGCGGGGGCAAGAUCGAUCUGAUCCGGGCCGGAGCUUACGAAAAGGCCGACAUUUCAUUGAUGAUGCAUCCCGUUUCCGAGGAGGAAUUCACGGCCCACGGCGUCCAUGGAAUUGGCGGGCGCUCGUCUAUCUCGUGCUACGACCUUAUUGCUGUCUAUCGGGGUGUGAGCGCACAUGCAGCCGACAGUCCAUGGGAUGGUGUCAAUGCGCUUGAUGCAGUUGUGUCAGCGUACAAUAACAUCUCAAUGCUGCGACAACAGAUUCAUCCCACGGAGAGAAUCCAUGGGGCUAUCUUGCAGGCGCCGACUAUCACAAACGCUAUACCCGAACUGACUCGAGUUAAAUACACGAUUCGCAGUCCGACUGUCGAAAAGACUAGAGCGCUGGGUACUCGUGUGCGGAAAUGUCUGGAGGCAGCGGCCCUUGCGACAGGAUGCAAGAUCGAGCUUGAGGAAACUCGCUUAUACGCUGAUCUGGUCGUGAAUGCACCGCUAUGCAAGGCUUUCCAAGAAUACAUGGGCGACCAAGGAGAACAGAUCUGGAUUUCCGACGAUACUCUGGUGAGCGCGUCCACCGACCAGGGCAAUGUUUCACAGAUCGUUCCGGCACUCCACGCGAUCAUCGGUGUUCCAGUCAAGGAUGGAGCAAAGAAUCACACGCGCCAGUUCACGUUCGCUGCUGGAACCGACAAGGCACAUAACAGGACGAUUACCGCAGGAAAAGCCAUGGCAAUGACCGGGUGGAAGGUGCUGAUGGACGACGGUUUCAGUCGGGAAGUAAAAGCGGUAUUCACACCGGGAAAGCAAAAUUGA